GCUGAGGGCAACCCUCCGCAGCACCUGGCUAACUUGCAGUGCGCUCGCCAAGGCACCGUGGACAACCUCAAGACAAAUUGCAAUGGAAAGACAUCGUGUGAAUUGAUCAUGGAGGAUUUCCGCACUCCAGAUCCCUGUGCUGGCACCGCAAAAUAUUUGCAGACCAACUUCACCUGCUUGCCUGCAAUUACUGUGGUGGCGUGUGAGUCGUCAGAGGCACAUUUGUAUUGUGAUUUAGGACGUACUAUUUUGGUCUACGGUGCUGAUUACGGACGCCGUGACCGGACCACGUGCACAUACAGACGGCCCCUCAGCCAGAUAGAAAACGCAGAAUGCCUACACCCAACUGACAUUGUCGCCAGAAGGUGCGAUGGGAAAACCAGCUGCAAGAUAACAGCCAGCAACGCAGUAUUUGGAGACCCCUGUGAAGGCACCUACAAGUACUUGGAGGUUGCUUACACAUGUACAUGUAAGUUGUGCUACCGACCGCAUCGUCUAAACAUGUUCUCCUGCUUCACACUUCGCUCAGCGCUGCUGCUGGCAGCAACUUGUUUGCUCCUCACAGCAGUUGUUGAUUCUGAAGAGCAAGUGACCACCUGUGAUUGGUACCCUUUGAGCAUCCAUCGCCUAUACUGUGAACAUGGAGUGAUCAGCGUGGACCAAGCUUUGUAUGGUCGCACAAGCGCUCUGCUCUGUGCUGAGGGCAACCCUCCGCAGCACCUGGCUAACUUGCAGUGCGCUCGCCAAGGCACCGUGGACAACCUCAAGACAAAUUGCAAUGGAAAGACAUCGUGUGAAUUGAUCAUGGAGGAUUUCCGCACUCCAGAUCCCUGUGCUGGCACCGCAAAAUAUUUGCAGACCAACUUCACCUGCUUGCCUGCAAUUACUGUGGUGGCGUGUGAGUCGUCAGAGGCACAUUUGUAUUGUGAUUUAGGACGUACUAUUUUGGUCUACGGUGCUGAUUACGGACGCCGUGACCGGACCACGUGCACAUACAGACGGCCCCUGAGCCAGAUAGAAAAUACAGAAUGCCUGCAUCCAACUGACCUUGUCGCCAGAAGGUGCGAUGGGAAAACCAGCUGCAAGAUAACAGCCAGCAACACAGUAUUUGGAGACCCCUGUGAAGGCACCUACAAGUACUUGGAGAUUGCUUACACAUGUACAUGUAAGUAG